GCAAGAGUAAAUUUUCCGGCUAUCGUUGACAAAAUGGAGCAAAUUUUUCUCGUUCAGCUCCUGUUUUUGUUGAGCCUUAUUAUUCCUUUAGCGGCAGUAGAUAUCACUCUUAAGGAUGAUUUAAUUCACUCGCCGUUCUCUGAGGAAUUGGGAAACGACGCGAGUCUGGAUGGGCCAAGAGUUUUCACGAAGGACGAGUUAUCGCAAUACGACGGAAAGAAUCCUGAACUUCCCAUCUAUGUAGCGAUGAAAGGCGUUGUGUUUGAUGUCUCUGAAUCCAAAAAAGCUUAUGGACCUGGAGGAUCGUACAACAAGUUCACUGGCAAGGAUGCAUCUAGAGCUGUAGCCAAAUGGUCCAUGGCAGAGGAAGAUCUCAAUGAUAAUUUGGAGGAUCUAUCGGAAGCUGAACUCAAUCGCCUAGAUAUGGUCUUCAAGAAGCUAUACUUAGAAAAGUAUCCAAAAGUUGGUUACGUCGAGGGACAUGAGCCGAACCAUGAGGACAACCUUACAACAAGGAAGAAUAACAUAGAACUUUGACGGGUUGAAAUCAAAUUUUGUUACGAUACGAAAUGUGUUGGAGACGUUUUGCUUAAAUAAUAUAGAACUUUGACGGGUUAAAAUCAAAUUUUGUUACGAAACGAAAUGCGUAGGAGACGUUUUGCUGAAAGCAUGAUCGCACAGAUACCCCAAACAAAUCGGUUCGUAACCAUCAUUUCAUCACAGUUUAGAGACGAUGUCAGGAUAUUUUUCCUGAUUUAAAAUCGAUGGCUUAAUAUUUCAGUUGCUUGAAAACUUAUCAUCUAAGUUUACGUUCCAAGGUAAAUUCUUCUGUCCGUUUUCGUCAAACUGUACUGUGACGACAAAGCUUCUACGUACAUUUACGGCACCGUUGCAUUUCUUUCCUCUUCUUCUUUACAUAGGGUCAUUGAAGUCCCGAAAAUUUUACCCCAUAAUUACUGUGAUUUUCACCUCUAUUAAUCUCCGAGCCCAGCGGCCGGUUUGUAUUGACCUACACUUGUAUUGAGCAGUACUGAAACAGGAACCACUCAAAAGAAACUAAGAAUAACAUUUCAAGUAAAAUUGAAUCCUUUUCUUCUUCCUGAAUUCAAUGCUAGUAGUAUUUUUGAGCGAGUUUUUGAUUUACAUGUAAGUCAGUGAUUUUUAUCCUUUUGCGUCAUUCCUAUUUUCUGGAACCUUUCUAAAGCGGCCAACCAGUAUUAUGGGGCCACUCCUUGAGGUGUAACUGUUGCCUAUGUAUCUUCCAAAAAGAAAAAAAAAAGAGAGAUUUGUGGAGAAAACGUUUUCUUCAAAUUUAAUUUGUAGAAUUAAGAAAGGAACACACAAGCACUGAUAAAGAUGGGAUUGACCGCAUUGUAUUUCCAAGGGUGUAUAGUAUUUUUUAGGGAUAUCUGUUUCUAAGAAAUUUAAAUUAAAAAGAAAAGCAACGAUAAAGAA